CAGAAAGGAAAAUGUUGCCUGAGGAAUAGACCAAGUGUGUACUCACCUGUUGCUGCCAAGGACUUGUGGGGGCUCUGAGAAAUCUCCUGACAGUGUAGCCACUGUAUAUUUGCAAUGAGCCAGAGCCUAGUCUGGGCUUCCCCGUGAUAAACAGAACUCCAGCCCUGGCCGAGGCUUUCAGCCCCUAACCAAGUGCAAAUAUGAGUGAAGAACUGUGGGUCUCUCUCACUGCAGAAGAAUUUGACCAGCUCCAGAAGUACUCUGAGUAUUCCUCCAAGAAGAUUAAGGAUGUCUUGGCUGAAUUUAAUGAAGGUGGAAGCCUCAAACAAUAUGACCCACGCGAGCCAAUUAGCUAUGAUGUCUUCAAGCUGUUCAUGAGAUCAUACCUGGAGGUGGAUCUUCCUCAGCCGCUGAGCACACAUCUCUUCCUGGCCUUCAGCCAGAAGCCCAGGCAGGAGAACCCAGACAACCCCAAGGAGGGGACCAGCAGUCGUGAGCCCAAUGUUUCAGAUUCUGAUAUAUACAACGUAGAUAAUGCUGCCAAAGCAGAUGAGGCCUGUGCCCCUGAUGCUGAACCCAAGAUGGCUGGGAAGCAAGCCCCAGCUGACGACCAGGUGCCUGCGACCUCACUGGGAGCCCCUGCCAUUCAGUCUUCAAGCUCAGAAUUGCCCACUGUGUUCCUGAAAGAUGUGGUAUGUUACCUGUCCUUGCUGGAGACAGGAAGACCUCAGGAUAAACUGGAGUUCAUGUUUCGACUCUAUGAUUCGGAUGAGAAUGGCCUCCUGGACCAAGCGGAGAUGGAUUGCAUUGUCAACCAAAUGCUCCAUGUUGCUCAGUACCUGGAGUGGGAUCCUACGGAGCUAAGGCCUAUACUGAAGGAGAUGCUGCAAGGGAUGGACUACGACCGGGAUGGCUUUGUGUCUCUGCAGGAGUGGGUCCAUGGAGGGAUGACCACCAUCCCGCUGCUGGUCCUCCUGGGAAUGGAUGACUCUGGCUCCAAAGGGGAUGGGAGGCACGCCUGGACCAUGAAGCAUUUCAAGAAGCCAACCUACUGCAACUUGUGCCACGUCAUGCUCAUGGGUGUGCGGAAGCAAGGCCUCUGCUGCAUUUACUGUAAAUACACUGUCCAUGAACGCUGUGUCUCCAAAAACAUCCCUGCGUGUGUCAAAACCUUCUCAAAAACCAAAAAGGGAGGAGAGGUGAUGCAGCACGCAUGGGUGGAAGGGAACUCCUCCGUCAAGUGUGACCGGUGCCACAAAAGUAUCAAGUGUUACCAGAGUGUCACCGCGCGGCACUGCGUUUGGUGCCGGAUGACGUUUCACCGCAAGUGUGAGUUAUCUACGGUGUGUGAUGGAGGGGAACUCAGAGACCAUAUUUUGCUGCCCACCUCAAUAUGCCCUGUCACCCGGGAAAGACAAGGUGGAAAGUCAGAUGGCAGCGUAUCCACCAAGGGCGAACUUGUAACCCAGUACAAGAUCAUCCCUACCCCAGGAACACACCCCCUACUGGUCUUAGUGAACCCCAAGAGUGGGGGAAGACAAGGAGAAAGAAUUCUCCGGAAAUUCCACUAUCUGCUCAACCCCAAACAAGUUUUCAAUCUGGACAACGGGGGACCCACUCCAGGAUUGAACUUUUUCCGAGAUACUCCCGACUUCCGUGUUUUGGCCUGCGGUGGAGACGGGACAGUUGGCUGGAUUUUGGAUUGCAUUGACAAGGCCAACUUGACAAAGCAUCCGCCAGUGGCUGUCCUCCCUCUUGGAACCGGAAAUGACCUUGCCCGGUGUCUCCGCUGGGGAGGAGGGUACGAAGGGGGCAGCUUGACAAAGAUCUUGAAGGACAUCGAACAGAGUCCCUUGGUGAUGCUCGACCGUUGGCACCUUGAGGUCCUCCCCAGAGAGGAGGUGGGGAAUGGAGACCAAGUCCCAUACAGCAUCAUGAACAACUACUUCUCCAUUGGCGUGGAUGCUUCCAUUGCUCACAGAUUCCACAUAAUGAGAGAGAAACACCCUGAAAAAUUCAACAGCAGGAUGAAGAACAAGCUGUGGUACUUUGAGUUCGGCACCUCAGAGACUUUUGCGGCCACCUGCAAGAAACUCCAUGACCACAUAGAGUUGGAGUGCGAUGGGGUUGCAGUGGACCUGAGCAACGUCUUCCUCGAAGGAAUUGCUAUUCUCAACAUCCCCAGCAUGUACGGAGGCACCAAUCUCUGGGGAGAAACAAAGAAGAACCGGGCUGUGAUCCGGGAAUGCAGAAAGGGUAUCACCGACCCUAAGGAACUGAAAAUGUGUGUCCAAGACCUGAGUGACCAGCUGCUGGAAGUGGUGGGGCUGGAGGGAGCCAUGGAGAUGGGACAGAUCUACACUGGCCUAAAGAGUGCAGGCAGGAGACUGGCACAGUGCUCCUCCGUCACCAUCAGGACUAACAAGCUGCUGCCGAUGCAAGUAGAUGGGGAGCCGUGGAUGCAGCCCUGUUGCACGAUUAAAAUUACGCACAAGAACCAAGCACCCAUGAUGAUGGGGCCUCCCCAGAAGAGCAGCUUCUUUUCUCUGAGAAGGAAGAGUCGCUCCAAAGACUAAUCCGUAUGCCAGAUGCCAGCUAAUCCGGGAGGAAAAAAAAGUAACU